AGAAUGUAACGAUGAAAUAGAACCACAUCAACAGAGAAGACCUCUUAUUGGCGGGAAAGAAACUAUGUUGAUGUCACGUGAUGUCACGUGUUAGGAUCCUAUAAUGGUGACUCCAACACUUAUAAUAGCCCUUCUCAUCUCCAGUAUAUGGCUCGCUUACAUUGCAUUUUAUAACUCCCGAAUACAGGGUCUCUUGUGUACUUGGAUACUUCGUCAACUUGGAUACAUCAAAGAUGCUGAGGUUAAAUUCGGUUCCAUCAGUGUAUCAAUACUUGGUGGCAAGAUCAUGUUCAGAGAAUUACGUUACAUCACUAAAGAUUUUGCCUUGAGGAGUGUCGAUGGAGCCUUUAUCUUUAAAUGGUUCACAAGACUUUCCCCUGACGACAUAAGCAGAGAGUCCCAGACGUGGUCGCUGUACCACAUAAUCUUCCAGAGUCGAGCUCUCCUAACUCUCCACGGUCUGGAAGUGCACAUAUACAACAGGACUAGCUUGUACGAUGAUCUGGAGAAAGUGGCCAAGUCCGAGUUGGACGUGGGAAUGCCUGAAGAUAGAUUACCUGAUCCAGACUCCAAUACAACGGAGCCAGUGGUUGAAGACAACACACCGGACAAAUGGGGUCUCAGAAACCUCAUACCUGUUCUGGUAGUAGAGGUUCAGAAGGGAAAGUUCGUGGUCGGAAACAAGCUGACAGAAACGGUGAUGUUUGUCGAUAUCGAGACAGCAACAGCGAUAUACUCCACACCUUCAUCAAAGAAACAGCAGCUAGAUCCUUAUAUGCACAUGAUACGGAGUAAGAUAAACAAAAUUAGAAUUACCCUCAACAGAUCUCCUGAAUUUAAAGGUCAGUACGAGACUCCACCCUCCCAGCCAGAAGCAGGGGUACCUCUUCUCAGAUCCAGAGAAGUCAGGAUUCAAUACAUUCAGGACAUGCCUGGCCGUGUAACAAAACUGCAGAGAAGUGCAGAGAGUUCCCCUGAGUGGGAAAUGACCCUGAAGUUCAUGAGAGAAACUCACAUUCACUACGGACCAUGGUUAGAUCGGCAACGAGAUAUCCUCUACAAGUUCUUCUUCCCUUACGACUAUAAAGUAGCCGAGGUAUCAAAACCCCUGAAGGUCGGAGAUCUCCGGCGACAUCAGCAUCUAAAUGUGAUUAUAGACUUCGAGGCUAAAGCUACACUCACAAUCCUGUUCUUCAGAGAGGAGGCGACCUCCUCAAUAAACCUGGACAUAGCGAAUGGCAGUAGAGUACAGAUGCAGAUCCCCUGGACAGUCAGCCCUCAGGGCUUCACUACUCAGAUAGUGGCUGAUCUCUACAAAGUGGAGUGUCAGACUAGCAUGGAUUACAGACCCUUCCUGGAGGCUGACGAAGUUCACGCUAUAUUCCAGUUCCAGUACCCUCGUGUAUGGCAUCACCGGCAGUCCUGGGAGUGUGACUUCUUCAGUGUCAGUAGACCCACUGUACACUUCGUAUUCGACCUCAUCGCCUUUCUCACCGACCUUCUGGAUGAUUGGAGUCCAGUAAUUCAGCCUGAUCUACUCACUUUUGUGCCGUAUGUGUGGAGGUUUGACUUCAAGUUUACUGAUGCUCUAAUUGUCCUGCCUGUCUCCCAGCACAAUUGGGUGGAUUGCAUUCAGAAUAGGAUAGAAAACUCAGAAACUGUAUUUUUUGGUCUGCACUGUGAGAUGCUGGAUGUUCACUUCGAACUACCAUGGACCAACUAUCAACCUGCAACUACAGAAGUCAGAUUUGAUUUCAACGCUGAAGAUAUAACUGGAUCUAUCUGGUUGCCGAAGUACCAUACUCUACGAGACAGUUUGAAGCAGUUUAAUAUGGGCAAAGUGCCAGCUUGGCUGGAUCGAGCCCACGUUGACAGAGUAGGGGAGGAAACUGGGAGCUCAAACAAAGACAAAAACGUGACUGCACAUGAUUUGGAGGGAUGGGAGGAGUGCUGGUCACUUCAGGACUUGUUCCUUCGCUUCACAUUCCUCAGUAACUCGGCUCUACCUUACGAGAGACCCGGCUACAACUACAAUUUCGCUUCUGAGGACAAAACUAACCAUCUCGGGGUCGAGGUGAUGUUGGGACCUUCAGUUAUCCGCCUCCACGGUGUCUUCUUCCGUCAUCUCUGGUUCUUCAAAGACAACUACUUUGGUUAUGAUGACAAGUGUACACCACUAGCGUACUUGUACAACAGAGCCCUUAUUGAUAAGAACAAGAACCUCCGGGUCAAGAGGCCUACCAAGGAGUGCCCUAUCUACGAUCUAGAUGUCACGUGUAAGGUUAUUGUUAAAGAUAUCCUGGGAGAGUUCCCCAGACAUUGUGACGAGCCUAACGUGCAGAUAAAGCUUCCUAUAGCACAGAUAGACGGUAUAGUGUUUGAACUGGUAAAGACACGCCAGGAGGCCAAGAUGGAGCUUACAAUCUCCCCGAUCACAUUCCUCUUCAGCGACUCUUUUAAACGCUCCACUCUGGACAUGCAUCUGGCACAUGGCUUCCUGCAGUUACAGGGAGUUAGCGUCCUCAUGUGUGGGCUGUAUAGUGGUGUUGGAAUAAACAACCCAAAGAACCCGUUUGAUUUCCUAGAGUACGGUUUUCUGGUCGAAGUAACGACAGGAGCCUUGGUAGGCAAACUAACCGUCCCCCACAUUCAACAACUCGUCCACUGGCUGGAGAUAUUCCUGUGGCAGAGUUUGGACCGUGAGAACGAGAUGCCAAUAACAGAACACCAAAUAAAUAUAGAGAGAGUGCACAGCGCGUCCCACCACGUACAGGAGACCGUGCAGACGGAUGGAUCUUCUGCUAUUAAAGAGUAUCAUAACUUCAAGUUAAAAACGAGUCAGCAGAAGAAACUGAAAACAGACGAUCUAAAGUACCUGAUGAUAAAAGUGUCGAUAGCGCGCACUGAUCUGUACGUGGUAGAGGCGGGUUGCGCAUGCAGCAUCGCUACUAAGUCUAUACGUGUGGCGCUGUGUAACGCGCAUGACGAGACCACUACUUUGGGUGUUACGUUGUGUGUGCAGGGGGCUGAUGUUACACAAUACGUCAGGUUACCUCACGAAGAAGACAAGGUAGAAUUAGAAAACAAGUCCCAGUGGCUGGAAGCAGGAGUGCUCUCCCUGCCUCCCAUCAUGUUUGAUGUUAACAAGAGACUUGGGGAUCCCUGUCAGUACAAGGAGGAACAGAGAGAAUUCCUCAAGUGUCACGAUAAAAUUAACCAGUGCCUCCUGUUCCUAUGGAUGCCUGAAGAGUACAAAGGUUGUGGAUGUGUAGGAGGGGUUACCUUCAACAACACCACUCUCAUUGAAGUUAACGGCUUUUACUUUGACCCUGUUGUAGUUCCUCCAGACUUCUGUCAGAGUGCCUCUCCUAAUAGUAACACUCCGUGGAAACUUGGUAGAGGAGCAAGUGUGGUGGGUACAGAUGGUUCUAGUAGGACCUCUCCUGGAAGUUCCAUCUCCUCCAGACAGAGUGACAAGAGGAAACAUGUCAGCGAGCUCCUACACAGUCAGGGAUUCGGGGGCUUAUCUCCUGCAGAUUGUAAGCCGAAGAAGCCGCCUACAGGUAAAAAGAAGACUAAAGGUAGAGAUUCAGGAGAAUGGUUCACCACCUUCCCCCAGCGAUCAGGAGCCAGGAAGAGGGACAAGCAGAAAACACUCUCUCAUUACAAUGAUCUACUCAAAAACUUCAGCAUCAAGAGGAAUAUAUCUCGGCUGAGUUCUAAGAGGAAAAGUAGAGGAAGUGAUAUUGUGGGAUCAGAGCAUUCAGUCAGCCAACACGAACCAGCCCUUAAAAUAGAUACUCAGGACGAAGUAGAGGAGGACGGAGAAGAAGAGCAUGCUCUGGUAGAAGACGAGGUGGGGUCCUCCAACCCCAGCAUCACAGUCACCACUGAGUUUGCUCCUAUGGUAGAGGCUGUCUCUCCUGCUAUCAAGGGAUCCACUGAGAGUCUAGUAGACUCUGAAAGUGAACUGGAUACGCUCCCAGAUUCACAAUACACCAUUCUCCCUCCAUCCACUCUAUCAAAAUCAUCCAUCACCAUCACCAAGACUGUUUCAUUUGAUAACGUUCCCUCUCAUCACUUGGAACAAGCAAACCAGUACGAGUCAGCAGAAGAUGAAGCGACCAGGAGGGCGUCCAAGCAGAGCUUACCUCAUCAGUCUCCAACGAGUACAGGAGCAAGUAAAGAGGACAAGUACAGUAGUCUGGGUAGAAGAAGCAAGUCUAGAGGAGGAACUCUCUCUAGAUCCUCAUCUCAAGACAGCUUCAAGUCUGCCAGAUCCGAGUUCAGGAACACUGACGCUGCCAGCAGUGCGGCUGAGGAGGAACAUGACACGACAGAGGCGGAGGAUGAAGAGAACCAAGUUAAAGAUCUCUCCAUACCUUUCCCCUUCCCUAAAGCAGCUGACAGUGCCCUAAACCACGAGUUAAUAGACAUCUACAGAGACCACCUGCCCAGAGCAUGGUUAACAGAGACCAGGUACUCUAACACUGUGGUCCUCAACAAGUCUUACUCUGAUCUGGAGGACGUGGAUACUAACAAGAUACCUCACAGGAUAUCCUCUAACAAGCGACAAAGCAAAGGAAGCAAGGGGAGUGAUGAUUUUAAAAUUCCUCCAGUGGAACCCUCCAUCCAUGAACUUUUACAGAUAGUAAAGUACAUCCUACCUGAGUUCCACUCAGAAUCUACAGGUAGCACCAGCAGUGACCUCACCACAGACAACCUCUUCUCCAACGACUCUGCUGCCGACAACAAGUCCGACCCCAAACUCCUCGAACUUCGUCGCAAGUGGGAGAAGAAGCUGAAAGAAAAGAAAGUCUCCACAGAUGAGACAUCAGACCCUGACAGUUUGGAGACAGAUGGUAAAGUGAUCUGUAUUGCUGAGAUAGUGGACCCUGUUGACCUCUUCUUUACACCCUUCUGUGUGCACGCUAUCAACAAGUAUAUCGAGACAGCAGAAGUUUACUACCGGAACCUGCACCCAGCAGCAGUGAUAAACCUGGUGCAGGCUGCUACAGCUCCUACUGUCCUGGAGAUUGCUAUACAGCAUGCCACCGCUCAGAAGGCGCUCCUCUUCUCCCACCAUUUACAGCCAGUAGGUAUGAAGAAGUUCGACAAUUCUCUGGAGAGGACUAUAGAAGAGAGACUGAACCUGGAACUAUUUCUCUACAUUCCAGUUGUUUCUAUCCGUACUUUACAGGGUGGUGGAGAUCUUCAGUGGGUGGGUACAGAAGCUGAACUAGAAACGGCAAGAAGCAAAGCUCAAGUCCCCUCCAAAUCUGGAACCAAAUCUGGAGCCAAAUCCGAAUCUAAGUUUGGAGGAGUGUCCACGACAGAUGAUGAAGCUAUGACAGACCGAAGUGAGAGUGCCAGAUCAGAUAUCAGUGGAGACCCGUCCUCAGGGGCAGGAAGCAGUAAUGUAAUCUGUCCCAACAAGAUCGCCAAACUCUCCCUUGUCAAGUUCGUGGCUAACAACAUCGACGUGAGCUUCAGCUACCAUCAGUUCGAGAGACAGAAGCCUAUGGCGUCCGGUGGUACGAGAAGUAAAAGUGUUAUGGACAGUGCCCUCCCUGGAGAGUACACACAGACUGCUUACAAAGCCUCUGUGGACGGAAUAUUCGGCCAACUUCACAUCCUUCAUCCUAUGAUUGGAAAGCAGAGUGAUACCUUUAUCCCGUACACAAAGACUCGAGUAGUUGCUGCCAAGAAAAUAAAGGACAACGUUCAGAAACUCAGUAGCAGGGAGACGUCAGUAGUGAUAGAGCUGGGCGCUGAGAAGUGUAACUUCUCUGGAGGAUCUCUGAAACGGAACCUGUUGGUGGCAUUGCCCGAACCUCCUGAGCAGCAGAAACCAAAGAAGAAGGAGGAGGAGAAGCAGGAUAUACCAUCCUUCGCUUUAGAUGGAGAUUCAAUUGAUAUCGAGUUGGGGAAACAGGAUCCCUCAAGCAACAACAUCCCCUUCAAGUACAAGAAACUGCGACCUAAGGCGUCCAUACACUACCACUCCGGACCGGACAGAAUGUCCUUGAGUAGUAGUCUAAUGGAUGAAGCUCAGGAACCACUCAUAUCUGACGAUAACAGCAGUUCAGAGGACGUACUGACAGUGGAGGGUAUUGAGUAUAAGCGUCUAGAGAGCGACCGAGAUGAAGGUUCCAGCGAGAAGGUGUCUAUGGGAGCCCAAGUAGCUGCCUCCCUAACCUCACUAGCUGACACCACCGCCUACCACGACAAAUCCUCCAUUAACGGCAAGAUCUCUGAGUUGUGGAUCCAGAUAGCCACACCCUCAGCCGAUCAGACGGACGUGAACCUCUUCAAUCCGUACACCUCUCUCCCCCACGCUGUGUUCUCCUGGUCCGAACCAGGCUCUCUCCUGGCUCAACAUGUGACCCAACUCUCUCACAACAAGUUGUCCAGGGUACAAGCUGUUAUUGCUGCUCUCCUGGCAGAAGCUCUGGGACAAGAGAUCCAGUACGAACCUCCUAACUAUACCACUAAACACAGUCGACUCACCAUUGCUUCCAAAACUCUGAAGGAGUCCGCAGUAAUCAGACUGAUGAACCAGCUCAGGUACACUCUGGAAAUAUGCAAGGAUUCCAACACGGACUUGUACCACGACUUAAACCCAGACUUUGUUCCUCGGAGGAUCCUCUUAGAGCGAGGGGUACAGUCAAUGUUAGCAGCUAUCGAGGGUAACCUCCUUCUGACUAACGACAACCUCAUGGACAACAUCUCAGUGCAGCAGCCUCCCCCCACCAGCCAUCAUUCUCCCCCGAGUAACCUACUCCCUGAUGCAGGAACUAGUGAUAAUUAUAAAACACCUGUAUACUACGUAGGGAAACAGGACUACGGUUCCAUAGCCGCUCUUGAUAAGAUCAGUAUAGGUAAGCCUCCUCAAAACGUGCAAGUAGAAGCUAAACACAGAACACACAGACACGCCCUGAUCGAGAUGUUGUCCUCCAGUGACAAGGCCAAGCUGGCUGAGAAAUACUUUGCUCUGUACCAGGCACUGCAGUUGAGACUUCCUAAAACUGAUCACGUGAAUCACCAGCUUAAGUUGGAGAUAGAUGGAACCAGUAUCACCGCUAUAGACUGCCACAGAGACUUCAGGAGUGACACCGCCGCUUCACCCUUCUUCAAUGCAAAGAACCUCUUCCUGGAGACCUCGCUGUUCCCCGCCCAGAAAGACUUCAGUAUUCCCCGACACACCAGGGAUGGGACACACAAGAGAAAUGAUUCUCGCUCCAGUUCAGGAGUUGGUGGAGGUAGAAGUUUCCACAGAAGUGACAGUACAGACAGUCUGUUCUCUAAACGUAGCUCUCACUCUAACAGACACAACGCUGCUUCCACACCCGGGGGAGCUCCUCCUAGACCUCCUCGCAAGAAGAAAUCUAAGAAGUUCCUGGACAUACAGAUGGCACAGAACGUCAAGAAGUCCAUCAGUCACGUAGUCAAACACCUGGUGAUCAACACCCAGAUAGAAACCUGUGUCACCGAGAUCAACCUCGACCUGCUGAGGCUCUCCAAAGCGCUGGUGGACGGCAUGUCCAACUUCCAGCCGGGCUCCUUCCACCCGGUGCUGGGUGACUUUACUGUCAUCAGCGGUAGUGGACCAGCCUCUCCUACCGGGGAUCCACCUCUCAGGUCUGUUGAGGAUCAGUUCAUGCUGGCUGGAGCUUGGGAGAAGAUGGACGAGUACAUACAACUCAUGUUCAGAGGAGACCCGAUGGUGGCGAGAAUGAGUUCAGAGACCUCUAAAUCACUGAAACCCCGUAUAAACCGAGACAUCAUGCUGUACUCUGAGGCGCCUGACAUUCCUCUCUCUGUUACUGCAACCUGGAGAUUCGACAAGGCUGAGAUUAUUGGCAGAUUGCAAGGUUUAAAGUCGCACAUUAAUGUGAAGAGUAUAAGUGGAGCAGCUGCAAUUCUUCAGAACCUGUAUGUCGAGAUGAACAACAGUCCUAACAGUGAUAUCAUCCUGGAGCCACUGUCUCCCAAUAUAAUCUCUGGUAAUCUGGACGAGACGAGCAUUGCUGUAAGCUAUUACGAUGAUGAGACAGAACAGGACUGUGAGCUGAUCUGUAUUGAUGUACCAACCCUGAACACUGUUUACUCAUUCCUACCUCAUGUUACUCGAAUACAGAAAGUGUUCAUUAAUGUGACAGAACUAAAGGCGAAGGUUCCCAAGCCUAUAGUUGAGAUUAAGAAUGUGCUACUGAUAUCCACCAAGCUUGUUCUUCACGAAAUCAAGAGUUUCGAGCGUUAUUUCCACAGACCGCAGCAGAGUUUGCAGAGAAUACACAUAGAGAACUCUAACAAGCACAGUGAGAUAGAUUUGAACCUGCUGAUCAGAGCUGCUUCAUUCGACCUCUACCUCCUCCCUUCCCUCUCUCUUAAACACGAGAUAGGAGACCUACACAUCAGGUUCGCUCAGAGCAAAGGACUGACGGCUCAGCUAGAUAUCCAUCAUCACGAGCUGUCCCUGAACGCAGAAGAGAUAGAUCUCCACACCCAUCUCCCUCUACCUCAGAUCUUUAUCCGCGGGGAGAAGGUAAAGAAGAGAGAUCCCAGUGGUAUAAGGAGUGGUAUACACGGUGAGCACUACACGGGAGUUGUGGAGAUCAAGACUUUCCAACUACAACUACCCACAACCAUGUUGAACCACGUGCUGCUCGUUCAGAACGCAUUCAUGAAGGAAAUCAACGAGUUUUUGGACACGAUAAACCUUAUCAGAUACACGGUAGAAAAAACAAAUCCGAUAGCAAAGAGCAGCAGCAGCUUACCUACCAGCCCUCACAUGAUACCUUUCGCUUUCACCAUGAAGCUACAGGGUAUCGACUUGUUGGCUACAACACCCUCUGACCUGGCAAUGUCGCUAAAAACAGAGACAAUAAACGUGGAAGUGAAGAACAGGAUGGUCACAGAGCGCAUCACUGUGGCUCGGGAUCGGGAGCAAAUAAUCGAGAGACCUCGCAUGUUCAUCAGCACGAUGAUAACGACUGACAUCACAUUGGGUCAGCUAGCUGAUAUCGACCCCGGGGUGCCCAGAUCCAGCGAGGAGGACAUGAUCAAGUUCCUUCAGUUCAGAGCUACUGCUAGUUUGGGUAACGAUGAGGGCUUGUUCGAGAAUAAGCUGAGUUCGAGUGAGUCUUUCCACGCAACCAUUUCCAACCCUCAACUGUUCAUGCAGCCCGGUGCCUUCGACAAAGCGCUGCUGUUUUACCUCAACUUCAAGACUGCUUACGCUAUAUUUAACGAUGACAGACAAAAGCUCAACGUUGAAACGGUUACCGCUACUGAAACCUUCAAAAACCGGUUCAAUCUCCCUGAAGGUCCCCCAGUUUUGCCAACCAACACUCAGCUGAAGAUGACAGUGAAGAAUCUAGCCGUGUGUCUGCCAAUCCAGAGAAGCAACGUGACGUCACCAGGCGACGAAUUACUGUCAGCCUCUCAGACUGACCUCGUCAAGUAUUCUGCCAGUGACGGUGCUCUCUCCAUAUCCAUUAAAACAGCCGAAAUGAAGAUGGCAUUCGGAACAAUCCACAAUAACAAGGGACUGUUCAACGACUUUGUUAUCAGGUUCAUUGAUGAGUUCGACGAGAAGAAAUGGAUGGAAAACGCUGUACCACGGAGUAGUGAGAAGGAAAUGAACUCCAUAGCUGUAGAUUCGGGUAACUACGACUACACCACCCUGACCACCUCACCCACCGUGACCAACAAGGAGACUGGGUUAGAAGGGGAGCAGUCUGGGAAGAUGACAGUUGGAGUGAACAGUGAUAUCAAGGGUGUCAACAUCCAUCUCAGCACCAACAUCAUCACCAAGUUAGUGGGUCUGUACAAGACCCUGACCUCUAUAGUUGGGACUGACGACCCUAAGGACGGCAGUAUCGAGCUUAUUGAUGAGACAGAGUUGGUUAAGAACCUGGGUGUUGAGUCCGCUGAGAAGGGGCAGUUUGAUGAGGAGCAAGCUGUUAAGAUCUGGAAGAGAACUGCUUUACAUGCAGACAAGAAGGAUAAUAAGCUUGAGCGAACUACGAGCGGUGGAAAACGGAAAAAGCCCCCAAUCAGUGAUACUGUGGUCAAAGAGAAAAAACCUGAUGAGGUGAGCAUGUUUUCAACUAGAACUUCAAGAUCUGUUCUCGGGAGGAAGAGAGCAUAA